AUGGAAAGCCACUUGAACUUAGCUCUGUGCAGCCUUGAGAUCACUCAGAAUCAGGUUAAAGAUCAGUCAAAGCAGAUUGAGCAAUUGACAUCCAUAUUCAAGGAUCAGUUACAGCAGUUGAUAAAUCAGUCACAACAGUUGAAUGAUCAGUCAGAGCAGAUAGAAAGAUUGGUGGCCAAAAGUACAGAACAGUCACAGCAGAUAGCCAGUUUGAUGGCCAAAGAUUUGAAUCAUUCUCAACAAAAUGAGCGAUUGAUGUCCUCUCUGAAUGACCAGUCACAGCAGAUAGCCAUCUUAACGUCCACUGUGCAGUGUCUGGUGCAGCAGGUAGAACCUCUGACAAGCCAGGCUCGAUAUCAAGCUGCAAUGGUGGACCAAACCGCGACCAAACAAACGAAGGACCAGACAAACAAGAUAGGGGCAACCAAUGCCAAUGUUAAAGAGGGUAAGUUUCUAUAG